AUGCAUUUACUUCUCUUUUUCAUUUGUAUCUUAACUGUCUCACAAGCAACGAAUGAUAAUCAACAAACAGCACUUUGGAAUUUAUUCAAACGUGUUCAUAAAAAACAAUAUGCUAACAUACUAGAAGAACAAUAUCGUUUUGUUGUAUUUACAGACAAUUUAGCUAUGAUCGAUCGACACAAUCAUGAAGCUGACAUAGGUUUGCAUUCGUAUACACUCAAAAUCAAUCAAUUUGCUGACAUGACACAUGAAGAAUUUGUUCGAAAGAUGUUAAAUGGUGUCAAAAUGCCUUCGAAAACAGAUUAUAUGAAAAAAUCCAAUAAAAAUUCAUUUCAUCGUCCAUCCGACGUAGAUAUACCUGCAGCUGUUGAUUGGCGCAAGAAAGGUGCUGUAACUAAAGUCAUUGAAAAUCAAGGUCAAUGUGGUUCGUGUUGGGCUUUUACAGCAACGGGUGCUUUAGAAGGACAACAUUUCCUAAAGACAGGAAAAUUAGUACGAUUGUCAGCACAAAAUCUAAUGGAUUGUUCUGGUGAGUUUGGUAAUCAAGGUUGCAAUGGAGGUUGGAUGGAUGCUUCAUUUCAAUACAUCAAAGCUAAUAAGGGAAUAGAUACAGAAGCAAGUUAUCCGUAUGAAGCAAAAGAUGGCAACUGUCGUUUCAAUCCAAAAACUGUUGGUGCAACAGAUACAGGUUUCGUUGAUCUUCCUAAAGAAAAUGAAACCGCUUUACAAAUAGCUAUUGCUACAGUUGGUCCAAUAUCGGUAGCAGUUGAUGCUUCACAUAGUUCGUUUCAAUUUUAUUCAUCAGGUGUUUAUGAUGAACCUCAAUGUUCGUCAACAAAUAUUGAUCAUUCAUUCAUUCUUGUGGGUUAUGAUACAUUUAAAAAUAGUACAGUCAAAAAAGACUAUUAUAUUGCAAAAAAUUCUUGGGGUGACGCAUGGGGUGAUAAAGGUUAUAUUUGGAUGAGUCGUAAUAAGCACAAUCAAUGUGGUAUUGCAAACAUUGGAAGUUAUCCUUUAGUUUGA